AUGGCAUAGUCUUUUACAAUCUUAUAAAAUUCCUUUAAACAUUUUGGAUAGGGCCAUUAUAAAGAGUCAAUGGAGUAAUCUACUAUUUAAGUGUAGGGAAUUGUUGAAAUUUAAGCAAUUAAAGGAACAAUCUGAUCAAAAUUAGUCAAUGGUGCAGAUUAACGAAAAUAUAAUCCUUUGUGAAUAUAAUAUAAGCAAAGAUGUGAAUGCUUGCAUUACUAAACUUGAUGAUAUUAUAGAUGAAAUUAAAAAGCCAUAAACUUAGAAAAGUAAUAAUUUAGUAAAUUAUAUACUUUUAGAGAAGAAACAAGAAGAUGACAGCAUAUUAUAAUUCAAUAAAGCAAUCAUGCUCUUCUUUAGUGGAAAAGUAAGAUAGGCCCAUAACCUAUUGAAAUAAUUGAAAGACAACUAUAAUCUGGACAUUUACUUAAAUAUUAAGGUGCAUUUGCUUUUAGUUGAAACAUCCUUUUAAUUAUAAGAAUUUGUGUAUGCAAGUGAAUUGUAUAAGAAAUUAUCAUCAGAAGACACAUUAAAAUCUUUAUAAAAUAAAAGUACUAAAUCCAAUUAAACAGAUGAUCAAUAAUAAUAAUCAUAAUUAAUAUAUACCUCCUUAUUAUUGGGUUCUGAUUUGCCUUACCCAGAUGCACAUCCUAACACAUUUAGUAAAGAAGAGUAUUUAUUCAUUUUAAAUGUUAUAAAAUUUCGAUUUUAUAUGCUUUCAAAUUCAAAGGAUUGGAAAAAAUAAAUAAAUAAUUUAGAAUAAUCCUUUAAAAACUACAUAAAUUAAUUAGAUCAAUAAUAAUCAGGUAUGUAAUAAUAAUAAGUCCCAUAAUUUUCAUCUGAAAUUUAAGCAUAUUUGAAAUUACAUUCAUAAAUGAUUGUCAAGUAAAUGAAAGCAUAAAAACAUUUAACAUAGAAUGAUAAUGUUGUGAAAUGUAUUAAGAUGAUCAAUCCAUAUUCUGAAAUUUAAAAUUAAUAGAAUUUAGAAUUUAUAUAGAAUAAAUAAUAUCUAUAUUCUGCUUAAAUUUAUAAUAAUUUAGGUUGUGUACAUGCAAAAAUGGGUAAGUAUGCAUUGGCUACUAUAUAUUUUCAUAAAGCUAUUUCAUAAACAAAAUAGGUUUUAUAAUAAACAAAUCUUUAUGAAAAUAUAAUUUUAACAAAUAUUAAAUAAAGAUAAUAUGCUAUAUAUCAAAAUUUAGGUGAUUCAUUGUUUAUGGAUUAAAAAUAUUAAAAAGCUUUAAACAUUUAUAAUCAAUUAUAAGAUGCUUGUAAUUAAAGUGCUAAAUUUUGGUAUAAUAGAGGUGUUUGUUAUAUAUAAUUAUAUCAUGAAUGUAAUCCAGAUAAGAAUGAGAUUUAUGAAAUAUCAGAAGAACAUUCUUAAAUUAAUACUUAAGAUGAGGGAAAGAAAAUUAUACUUUAAAGUAGAGAAAUUUAUAGUGAUGCUGAUGAAGAAUGUUAGGAUUAAUUUUAUAAAGUAGAUUAAAAGAAUGAAGAAAAUAAAUUUGUGUAACCAAAAGUUGUAAAAGAAUUGUUAAAUAAUGCUAUUAAGUAUGAUAAAUAAAAUCUAUUAAAGAUCAUUCCGUAAUGCUAUUAUUUUAUCUAAGAAGGAGAAGAGAGAAGAAAUAAUACAAUUAGAUUAAGAUUAAUUAUAAAUUGCAGGUUCAUAAUUAUUUGAAUCUUCAAUUGUAUUUUUAACAUAUGCUUAUCUUUGUAGAGGAGAUUGUAAUUUAGCCUUAUAAUAAGGAAAGGAGGCAUUAGAAUACAAUUUGUCUGAUAAUAAUAAAUACAUGAUAAUAUAAUAUGUUUUAGAAGCCUACAUUUCAACAUCAAAAAUUAAAGAAGCAAAUACUUUUUUGAAUAAUAAUGGAGUGACCACAUUCUUAAAUAAAUUUAUCAAUAGCAAUUUGUAAUUUUAUUGUAGAAAUGUUAUUGGAAUUCAAACAACUUGUUUUUCUAAUUAUAGUCCUAAGGCUAUAUAUCAUUUUAAUUGUGCUGCAUUUUAAUUACAUAAUAAUAAUUUACCAUAGGCUUGGAACUCUAUAUAAUCUUUAAUGAAUUGUUAUGAUAUGAUUAUAACCUAAAGUAAUCAAGUUAUUCCAGUACCUAUCUUAAAUUUAUUGAUAUGGUAUUACUUGAAAUCAGGUAAAAUAUAUUAUAAUUAUAUUUUAGAUUAAGUAUAAUUAGCUACACAUUUGAUUAAGAGAAGAAGAUUGUUAACAGGAUAAAUGGGAAAAAAUAAAAUAUCUCUGUUAAAUAUUACAAAAUGAU